AUGGCUUCUAGCCAAAAAUAUGUUCUUUCUUAUGCGGAUCUUGUAAAAGGUAAGCAGAAUCACGUUUCAACAUCUGUUGAUCUCAAUACGCUCCCCAACCCAACUGUUAAAGAUGGUAAACCAUCUAUUGUUAUUCCGGAUGAUAUGUAUCUGGAAGGGUGUGAUCUAUGGAAACAUAGUCUUAUUGGCCGCCUGGAUUUUAAGACUCUCAAGUUUGAAGAUGCUAAGAAAAACCUAAUCAAUCAAUGGCAGUUUACUGAAGACAGGGUUCAGUUUAUUCCAAUGAAUAGGGGUUUCUUCAUCAUCAAGUUAUCCUCUGUUGAAGACAAAUCUAGGGUUCAUGCAAAAGACGCCUGGAUUGUUGAACAACAGGCUCUUACGUUGAUCGAAUGGUUUCGAGGAUUUGAUGUUGAAAAGCAUAAGACCUCUCAUGCUACGGUUUGGGUAAAGUUCUUAGGAUUUCCUAUAGAAUUCUGGGUAGAGAAAACUCUCAUUUCUCUUGGAAAAACUUUGGGUACGCCUGUUGUGGUUGAUAGAAGGACUCUAAACCAUUUUGCUUCUGUUUUGAUAGACAUUGAUUUUUCUCAACAUGACACGGAAUCUGUCCAUGUUCAGGUUGGUGAUAGAGAUUUUUGGCAAGAGAUAGAUAUCCAGAAAAAACCUAAAUUUUGUUCUAAAUGUAAGAUAAUUGGUCAUUCGGAUGACGAAUGCAGGAGGAAGAAGCAUAAUAAGCCUAUUGCGCCUGCUCAGAAAUAUGACAAAUUAACUGAUUGGCAAGAGGCACGUAAAAAAGGAGGCAUUAACACUGCUUCUGUUGUUACAAACAAUGUUACCUCUAUUGUUGCUACAAACAAUAUUUCUUCUGUGGAUGUUAAUAACAAUGUUUCUUCUGCUGCUGUUUCACAAGAGGUUUUAAACGAGGAAUCUAGGAGUUGCAUUGAUGCGGCUAUUUUGGAGAAAACCAAACAGCUGGUGGAGGAAAUGGUAAGGUCUGAAGCUGUUUAUAGAGCGGCUUCUGCUGAGUUAUUAAAAUCUAAGCAGUCGAAUUCAGCUCAUACAGUUUUAGUUAGCAAGACUCGAGGUAAGUCUCAGAAAACUAAGUCAGAUGGGUUGGUUGAACUGGAUAGAACUAAACCCCCACAUCCUGAUAAGACUGUUACGACUCUUCCUCCAACUCCAGUGUGUGAUGAUUUGCUCAAGGGCUCUGAAUUUUUGUCUCCUAAUAAAUUUGAUGCUCUUAACUCUAUCUUAGCCCAAGAAGGUGAAGAGGUAUCUGAUGUUUUUACUACUAAACAUCAAGCUAAGUGUGAUCAGCUUAUUGCUGUGCAGAGAAGAAUAGAUAAACUCAAUGAAAGCAAUAGUACUUCAGAAUCUACUUCUGGGACUCAUUCCUGGUCUGACUCGGAAGAAAACAGUACGGGUUUGGGUUAUAGAGCAAGAAGAGUUACUAAUACUUCUCAGCUAAUUAAGUCCAUCCCCAAACGUUCUUAA